AGUAGAAACAAAAAUCACCCUCAUCCCUUUCAAAAUCUACUAACCCACCUCUUUCUCUUUCCCUCUGACUUCACAACUCAAAACAGCACAACUGCACAACCUACACAAGCCCAUGACCAUCAUCUCUCUCUCUCUCUCUCUCCUCUCUCUGACCCAUAGCCCCAAUUAUCACCUCCAUUACUCUCUCCCCCCAAAAACUUCAAACUAUUACCUACUCUUCCAAUUCCAUUUCUUCCCCAUCUCUCUCUCUCUUUCUCUGUUGCUGCUUUUUCUAAUGCCUACUUAUUUUUCUUUUUAAAUAUCAGUGGCAGACCAAAACCCACUCUUUAACUCUCUCUCAAAUGGCUUCCUCUUCCUCUCUUCUCGUCUUCUUCUUCUUCACCUUUGCAGCUUCCUCAUUUGCAUCUUCUUCUACUUCUUCUUCUAGUGCCGGUAGGAAGACCUUCAUAGUUCAAGUCCAACGCGACGCCAAGCCUUCAAUUUUCCCAACCCACAAGCACUGGUAUGAGUCUUCUCUUGCCUCACUCAUCUCCUCCACUACCAAUUCCACAAACUCUGACCCAGCCACUGUUAUCCAUACCUAUGAGACUGUCUUCCAUGGAUUUUCUGCAAAGCUCUCACCUUUGGAAGUUCAGAAGCUCCAUUCACUUCCCCACGUUGUUGCCGUCAUUCCCGAACAGGUUCGGCAUCUCCAAACCACGAGAUCCCCUGAGUUCCUCGGCCUUAAGACCACCGACAGUGCCGGACUUCUUAAGGAGUCCGACUUUGGUUCCGACCUUGUGAUCGGCGUCAUCGACACUGGUGUUUGGCCGGAGAGGCAGAGCUUCAACGACCAUGAUUUGGGUCCCAUCCCUUCCAAGUGGAAAGGCCAGUGCGUCGCUGGAAAUGGUUUUCCAGCUAACUCAUGCAACCGGAAGCUCAUCGGAGCUAGAUUCUUCUGCAAUGGGUACGAGUCCACCAAUGGGAAGAUGAACGAGACCACAGAGUAUCGCUCCCCUAGAGAUUCCGACGGCCACGGGAGCCACACAGCCUCCAUUGCUGCCGGCAGGUAUGUCUUUCCAGCCUCUACACUCGGCUACGCACGCGGCGUCGCCGCCGGCAUGGCUCCCAAAGCCAGGCUUGCCGCCUACAAGGUUUGCUGGAACGCCGGCUGCUACGACUCCGACAUCCUUGCUGCCUUCGACGCGGCCGUCGCCGACGGCGUCGACGUAGUCUCCCUCAGCGUCGGCGGUGCGGUUGUCCCUUACUACCUCGACUCCAUUGCCAUAGCUGCCUUCGGAGCUACCGACGCUGGGGUCUUCGUCUCGGCUUCAGCCGGCAAUGGCGGUCCGGGCGGCCUCACUGUCACCAACGUCGCGCCGUGGGUGACGACCGUCGGUGCCGGAACCAUAGACAGAGAUUUCCCAGCUGAUGUUAAGCUCGGAAACGGCAGAACCAUACCGGGAGUGAGCAUCUAUGGCGGACCGGGUCUGACUCCGCGUCGGAUGUACCCGUUGGUGUACGGAGGCAACGAAGGCGGUGAUGGGUAUUCGUCUUCUCUAUGCCUGGAAGGCUCAUUGGACCAGAACAUGGUGAAGGGCAAAAUAGUACUUUGCGAUAGAGGCAUAAACUCAAGGGCUGCAAAAGGGGAAGUGGUGAAGAAAGCAGGAGGCAUCGGAAUGAUACUCGCCAACGGCGUAUUCGACGGCGAGGGUUUGGUAGCUGAUUGCCACGUCUUGCCGGCGACCGCAGUUGGUGCCUCCUCCGGUGAUGAGCUUCGGAGAUACAUCACAGCUGCUUCCAAGUCAACAUCGCCGCCUACUGCAACCAUCAUAUUCAAAGGAACCAAGCUUGGGAUUCAACCGGCGCCGGUGGUGGCAUCGUUUUCGGCCCGUGGGCCGAACCCGGAGUCGCCAGAGAUAUUGAAACCGGAUGUGAUCGCACCUGGGGUGAAUAUACUUGCAGCUUGGCCUGACAAAGUUGGUCCUUCUGGUAUUCCAUCUGAUAAGAGAAAAACAGAGUUCAACAUACUUUCAGGGACAUCAAUGGCUUGCCCACAUGUUUCUGGUUUGGCUGCAUUGCUCAAAGCAGCCCACCCUGAAUGGAGUCCGGCAGCAAUAAGAUCAGCAUUGAUGACAACUGCAUAUACUGUUGACAACAGAGGUGGAACAAUGUUGGAUGAAUCUACUGGCAAUGUUUCGACUGUGAUGGAUUUCGGUGCUGGUCAUGUUCAUCCACAGAAGGCAAUGGAUCCUGGAUUGGUUUAUGACAUAUCUUCGUUUGAUUAUGUUGAUUUCUUAUGCAAUUCCAAUUACACAACCAAGAAUAUUCAAGCUGUUACUAGGAAAUCUGCUGAUUGCAGUGGGGCUAAAAAAGCAGGACAUUCUGGGAAUUUGAAUUACCCUUCAUUGUCUGUUGUGUUUCAACAAUAUGGUAAAGAAAAGAUGUCUACGCACUUCAUUAGAACCGUCACCAAUGUCGGGGACCCGAAUUCGGUUUACCAUGUCACCGUUAGGCCGCCGAGCGGAAUGACGGCGACAGUGCAGCCUGAGAAGCUUGCAUUUAGAAGGGUUGGUCAGAAAUUGAGUUUUCUUGUGAGAGUUCAAGCCAGGGCAAUGAAGCUAUCCGCUGGAAGCUCUAGUACCAAAAGUGGUUCUGUAGUUUGGUCGGAUGGAAAACAUACAGUCACAAGUCCACUGGUUGUGACUAUGCAACGACCUCUUUAGUGGGUGUUCUUUUUUCAUUUUUUUUUUUUUUUUAAAUUAGGAUUUUGGGUAUUAGGAAUUUUGCUCUCCUUAAAACUAUAAAGGCAUCUCCCCUAAUAUGUAUAAUGGAUGUUGUGGUUUUGAAAUGGGUUUUCUACUCCAGAAAACUGGUGCGGUACUUUAUUUUGGAAUGCACAGUGAAGAAUGCGUAACCUUUGUUGGUUGUUGUCGUUGUUGUAAGAUUAUGAAUAUCAAGAAUGUUUGUAGAAAAUGGUUUUUGUGUGAAGGAUAAUGCAAAAGAUUUUUUUUUUUUU